ACCAAGGGCGCCUCGCAACGGACUGACGGCCUUCUCGACCCGGAAGUGCUUUUCCCAGCACCGGAAGUGAGAGGGCGACAGGACGUUAUCACCGAGGCGGUUGCCAGGUAAUUGCGGGGUGUUUCUCGAAUGCCCCGGCAGGAAGGAAGAGAACCGGUGAAAAAAAACUAAAGGGCUCCGGAGGGCCUUGGUGGCGCGGCCAGCAUAUCCGCCUCCCUCUCUCUCUCUCUCUCUCUCUCUCUCCCGGGCCCGCCUUCCAUGAUUCCGGACUCGGCCUGGAGUAAAAAUAGACGAGGUUGGAGGCAGAAGACCCGGAUGUAGGGCGGGGCCUGCUGUGACGCGACGUGGCGGAGCUGCCCGAACGGUGAAAAGAGCCCGGAACCAUGCCAGCUUUGCCUCUGGAUGAACUCCAGUUUACGGAGAAAGAUUUACUGACGGGGAAGAUAAAAACUUUACCAGCGCUGCAUCCCCGAAAUAAAACCGACCGCUCUUUUGUGGUGUACAAGCCCCUCCCGAGCACCGAAGACCCAGCCCUGGUGGAGGAGUUUUCCGAACGAGCCAGGUUUAUCGCGGGGGAUCUGGAUUGGCUCCUGGCUCUGCCUCACGAUAAAUUCUGGUGCCAGGUCGUUUUCGACGAGACGCUCCAGAAAUGCCUGGAUUCGUACCUGCGCUACGCCCCCCGCAAAUUCGACACCAGGACGGACCUCCCUGCUGAGGUGAAAGACCUGGAGAAGCACCUCCAUCGGAGCGUUUUCCUCACCUUCCUCCGCAUGUCCACCCACAAGGAAUCCAAAGAUCAUUUCAUUACACCGUCGGUAUUUGGAGAGGUCCUUUACAAUAACUUCUUAUUCGACAUCCCCAAGAUCUUGGAUCUGUGCGUCCUGUUUGGAAAAGGCAACGGCACCUUGCUCCAGAAGAUGAUUGGAAACAUCUUCACCCAACAGUCAAGUUACUUCAGUGAUUUGGAUGAAACCAUGCCCACAAUUCUUCAGGUUUUCAGCAAUAUCCUGCGUGCCUGUGGCUUGCAAGGUGAAGAGGCUUCAGCCAGUCCACAGAAGCUGGAGGAAAGGGUCAGGAUGACUCCAAAGGGGCUACCUUUGCAGGAGCUGAAAGAUAUUAUCCUCUACGUGUGUGACAGCUGCAUCACCCUGUGGGCCUUUCUCGACAUCUUUCCUUCGGCUUGCCAGACUUUCCAGAAGCACGACUUCUGUUUCAGGCUGGCUGCUUUUUACGAGCUGGUGGUCCCCGAGUUGGAAUCCGCUAUCAAGAAACGGCACCACGAAAACAUCAGAGUACUGUCGGAUCUAUGGAGGAGGCUGUCUCAUUCUCGGAAGAAGAUGGUGGAGAUGUUUCACAUGGUGGUCCACCAGCUGUGCCUUCAACCCAUUUUGGAAAGCAGCUGUGACAACAUCCAGGCCUACAUUGAAGAGUUCCUGCAGAUUUUCACCUCCGUGCUUCAGGAGACGAGGUUUCUCCGAGAUUACGAUGAGCUGUUCCCUCUGGCCGAUGAUGUCAGCCUCCUCCAACAAGCCUCCUCCGCCCUAGAUGAAACUCGAACGUCUUACAUUUUGCAAGCUGUGGAAAGUGCCUGGGACAAAACAGACAGAAGGAGAAAAACGAUCCAAGAUCCACCCCUCCCUGAAACCGCAACCGGGGCCGUUACACUCCCCGGUGCCUCAGAGCGAAUGGAACACUUUGAGGAACCGGAUCCCCUGGAGUGUGCAGGAGCAGCUGCAGCUCCCGUAGCCCCUGUCUCUGGAGUAGAGCUGGAUUCCCUGAUCUCUCAGGUAAAGGAUCUGCUCCCUGACCUUGGAGAAGGUUUUGUCCUGGCCUGCUUGGAGGAGUACAACUACAACGUGGAGCACGUCAUCAACAACCUUCUAGAGGACAAGUUGGCGGCCUCCCUACAGACGCUUGAUAGAACCAUGCCUAGGCCUGUGAAACCAGACCCGACUCCGCUUGUCACUUCCCGGUGCAACGUGUUCCAGGAUGACGAGUUUGAUGUUUUCAGCAAGGAUGUGGUGGACGUCUCUCGGAUUCAGAAAGGCAAAAGGAGCGACAAAGCCACCACGAAAAGCCUGCUGAACGACAAGCGCCUGGUGCAGGAGCAGCGAGAACGCUACAACCAAUACUCCGUGAUUGUCGAAGAGGUCCCCGAACCGAGCGGGGGUCGCCUCUUCUCCCAGGAGGAUUACGAGGACGAAUACGACGACACCUACGAUGGCAACCAGGUGGGAGCCAACGAUGCGGACUCUGACGACGAGCUAAUCAGCAGGAGGCCGUUCACCAUCCCUCAAGUCCUGAGGUCGAAAGAAGAAGAGGAGCAGGAGGAAGAAGAGGAGGAAGAGGAAGAGAUGGAGGACAAAGAGGCGACAAAGGAUCAUUUUGUUCAAGAUCCAGCUGUCCUCCGGGAGCGAGCUGAGGCCAGGCGGGUGACCUUCCUGGCAAGAAAAGGGCAAAAGCCAGAUAACUCGGCAGCCUUGACGGGCGGUGCCAAGGGCCGUGGCCAAAACCGAGAGACAGUACAGGAGCGACGGAAGAAAGAAGCCAGCAAGGGGACGAGGGCGAACCAUAACAGGCGUGCAAUGGCUGACCGGAAGCGCAGUAAAGGCAUGAUCCCGUCUUGAAACAGUGGCGCGCCAGGGAGGCCACCCCGGGAGAGAAAAAGCACCUUGCCUUUUGCAAAGAUGAUUUUCCUUGGGAAGCACAAAUCCACCCGCGAUUACAGACCUGCAGUAGGGUUGGGUUGAGCGACUUUGGAAAUUGAUGCGUUGUUGAGAAAGGCUUUUCUUUAAAACUUGCUCCUCUGGAAACUUUUUGCCGUUUUUGAGUUGUCCUACAUGUUCCUCUGUCAGGCCUGCCCCUGUCUGAUCUCCUAGAAAAGGGAAACCCUCGACUCCCUUUGAUGGAAGUGGGAAGGCACUUUUAUACCGAGCUGCUGAUUGCAAUAGAAUCAGGUGGAACCUGACGUUCCCGCGUGCCGCUAAUACAGAACGCCCCCCCUGGUUCUCCCAACCCUCCCCCCCCAAUAGUCCACCCAUGUGUAUCCAAUGCAGCACCACGGAGAUUUUUGGGAAACGCUGAGGUGUUUGAGCUGGUGAAAUUCCAUUCUCACGGUAAACGGCCUUGAAGAUGCCAGCGUGCCAACACGAACCGGAUUCUAAACCGCUCUUCUUCAACCGUCAAUUCCCCCUUUCCAGUUUCCCCACAUCCUAAAGCUUUACAGCUUUGUUGCCCAUUUAUUCCCCCCACCCCACCCCACCUCCCUUCCCCGAUUGAUGGCAGGACACUAGCAAGGCGCCAGUCCUUAAGAAGCCAGCUGCCUUGCUGGAUCACGUCUCUUCCACUGUGGGGUUUUUUUUUUCUAGCAGAGUGAAACUUCCACCUCAACUUAUUGCGCUGCAAGAUGUUGGCUUCUGGCGGUCUAAUUUGUAAGCUCCACGGCGAGGCGGGCAGCAAAUAAAUAAAUUUCAACAUUGUGAUCCCGAGUGGAAUGGGGACUGUUUCCAUUGGCUCAAAGUGCUCCCAAGUAAGCAAAUCGCAUUCAAUCCCCUUCUGCUGGGAUCUUUGCUUCAGCGGACAUUUUCUUGCAGCCUAACAGAAAACAGAAAACCCAAGGGCCCAGGUUCUACACCUCUGCAUGUAACUACCGAUUUAGGGUUCUUAGUAACACAUAAUAGGGCAGAUUCCCACUCGAACUAAUGCAGAAUUUAUUUCAGCCGAUUAGUACAAGGUUGAUAAAGUAACCCCUUAAAAUGGGAAAAUCAAAAUUUUAUAUGACAAGCGCUGCCAUAUCUCACUACCAUUCCAACCCAAAGUUGCAAACAAGAUAUACAAUGACUUUUGUUGCCUCUUGCGCUACAAC